AUUCCAUAUUCAAGCGGAUGCUGGAAACUGUCAUCAAUGUGGCCAAACAUUACCUCAGUCUCUUUUUUGUUCUGAGGGGAGGUAACUCAUCUAAUUUUAAAGCCUUGAUGUCAGACAACAGUCCGAUCCAUCAAGGACCUCCUGCAGUCUACCAGCUGAAGCCAAAGAAAGAGAUGAUAGGAACUCUGACCAGAGUGACGGUUGGUGAAAAAGAUCAAACGAAGCUGAAUAAAACCAUCUUACUGGUUGGUGAAACAGGGACAGGAAAGUCCACUCUGACCAAUGCUCUGUUCAACUACGCUGUGGGAGUGAAGUUUAAGGAUGAAGUCUGGUUUCAGAUUGUAGAAGAUGAGAAAAGAAGUGAGACAGAAAGUCAGACAUCAGAUGUGAUCGUGUACGAGAUCUUUGGGUUUGAAGAUCAAACUCUGCCGUUCUCUCUGACCAUCAUCGACACACCUGGAUAUGGAGACACCAGAGGUAAAGAAAAAGAUAAGUUGGUCAGUCAAAGAUUGCGUCAAUUGUUUCAAUCAGAAGAUGGAGUUCAUGAACUUCAUGCAGUCGGUCUGGUGAUGAAAGCGACUGAUAACCGUCUGAGUGACCGUCUGAAGUAUAUCUAUGAUUCAGUGAUGUCUCUGUUUGGAAAAGACCUGGAGAGAAACAUUGUCGCUCUGGUCACACACUCUGAUGGAGGAACACCUGAAAAUGUUCUUCAGGCUCUGAAUGCAGCAGAUAUUAAAUGUUCCAAAGAUGAGAAUGAUCAGCCUGUUCACUUCCUGUUUAAUAACCAACAGAAAAAACAGAGAAACACGUCAAAGCGAGAUCAGCUCGCUCUGAAGUUGUCCUGGGACUUUACAAAUGAAGAAAUGGAUCGUUUGAGAGACAUCCUGAAAAAGAUGAAACCUCAGCCACUGAAGGAAACUGUGGAGGUUAUGAAUAAACAGAUCAGACUGACCGCCUGCAUCGAGAAUCUGAGGAAGUAUGAGAAUUUUACCAUUGAAGAUAAUGAGGUCUACAAAACGGCAGUGAAGCACUGCUCCAAACGGGCCACAGGUGUGGGCCACACCCCCCAGCUGACUAGAACCACCUGUGGAGGAGAGUAG